UUUGGGGGGUAGUACUUGAAAAUCUCUGAAAGAAUUUUUAAUAAGGAAAAAAAUGUUUCACAUACUUAAAACUGGCCCUGUUAUUUCUGAUGUUUCAGUUGAAGGCCUACUAAGUGAGAUCACUCAUGUAGUGAGCGACAACACUGAAAAUAUUUCCCCAAUAAUUCUAUUAAAAUAAACAAUUCCACUGUCUUAUUUAUUUUGUAUUCAUUGCCAACCCUAUUCUCACUUGAUCUAAUCGAAGGGUGUAGCUUAAUUAGCAGCCAACUCACUUAAUUGGUCUAAUCGAAGCAUGUUACUUAAUUAUUCUGCUAAUUAAACAAUUCUCAAGUGGGCUAUAAAGUAUUUGUCAUUGUUUUCGUGUUAGUUACGUAAAUGUAUAUAAAUUAGUGAACAACACAGAGCUGCUGAAACACAAACAUGGCUGGAGAAGAGCAGAGUUGCAGAGACCAGAGAUGGUCACUUAAGGGGAUGACUGCUGUUGUCACUGGUGGUACCAGAGGCAUUGGAUAUGCCAUCGUAGAGGAACUAGCAGGAUUUGGUGCCGCUGUUCAUACGUGUUCCAGAAACCAAAAGGAGCUCAAUGAAAGGUUACAAGAAUGGGAAGGAAAGGGAUUUAAAGUAAGUGGCUCUGUUUGUGACAUGUCGUUGAGAGUUCAAAGAGAGGAGCUGAUGCAGACUGUCUCUUCUGUGUUCGAUGGCAAGCUCAACAUCCUUGUGAACAAUGCUGCGACACUUGUAAUUAAACGAAUUACAGAUCAUAAUUCGGACGAUUUCUCAAAUUUAAUGGGAACCAAUGUCGAGUCCCCUUACCAUCUGUGCCAACUAGCAUACCCGCUCUUGAAAGAAUCAGGACGGGGGAAUAUAGUAUUCAUUUCCUCAAUUGCUGGUGUGACGGCUCUACCUACACUUUCGAUGUAUUCAGCAUCUAAAGCUGCAAUCAACCAAAUUACAAGGAGCUUGGCAUGUGAAUGGGCAAAGGACAACAUUCGUACAAACGCUGUCACGCCAUGGGCUGUCAGAACCUCGAUCAAACCAGAUGAUGGUCAAGGGGCUCUUGAGGAGUACGGCAGAAAAUUUAUACCACUAUUGGCUAAAACUCCUCUGGCUCGCAUUGGGGAGCCUAACGAGAUUUCAUCACUGGUGGCGUUCCUUUGCCUUCCUGCUGCUUCAUACAUCACCGGGCAGGUCAUUUGUAUUGAUGGCGGAUAUACAGCAGGUAGUGCCUAGGCAGCUCAUGACAUGAAGUGGUCUAAACAGCAACCUUUGUAUUACUUGUGCAGUAGCUCUACCAUCUAUCUACUAAAUAAACACUUCAUACAUUGUGUGUAUUGUUGUGGAUAUGUCUGUAAGCAAAGUUAUGUAAAUCUCUGGUGUAUUCUUACUGGAAUUGAUAAUCAUUUGGAACAUUUCUAUGUUAUUCUGUUAUCUUUGAACUUGUUAUCA